UAAAAAGUCCUUAGAAAUCCAAGUUAUGAAGUCCUAUCAUUUGCUUAGUAACUGUAGAGUUUAGGUGGGCGGGAGGAGAUUAGCUGAGCCGAGAUGGGGGAAACCAGAGGGAAACGGACAUCUUAUUGCAGAUACUCUUUUUAUUUUAAUAGUUUUGUUCCUUCUACCCUCUUCAUUUAUUUCUCCCAGUUGUCUCCUAACAUUUUUAAAGAAGUGAAAAUCCUCGAUGGUAAAUAAGGCCUGGCAGAAACCCCGAAGCUAAACUAGUAGGGGGGAAAAUAUAAGAUAGAACAGUUCCAGUCCUUGACCCUAAUGAGUUUUUUUUUUGGGGGGCGGGGGAGGAUGUAUUUAAAGGAUUUUACUGCAUUGACAACCUAGGCAAGGAAAAGCUAAUGGGAACGUGAUCAUCUAGCUCUUAAAAAUCCGUGGUGGCAACAGCUCCUCAGCUGAGAGAUAACUGAAAAAAAAAAAAAAAAAAACCGAGGGAAGGGGGCGGAGGGAAGACGCUUUGCUGCCAAUUAAAACCCACUACACUCCUCCAUGGAGUACUUUGGGAAGGCCGGCGGCACUGAUUGCUGCUACCUGGUGCAGCAGGUAGAGGGUGUGAGGAAACACCCAGAUUGCCAAUUCUCUGAAAAGAGAGCAAGGACCCCGACCCCUUUUUAACUCCGCCCCCACCCCACCCCUUCCAAAUUAGUAGCAGACUUAUUAAGGAAAAGGGAAGAGUGAGUUUGAAUGUCGUGCAUUUGGACAAGAGGUAAUAAGCAACUGGGAGAAGUCAUAGAUCUCAUGCAUGCAUUAGUGUCGUAGUCUUGCCCCUUCUGUGGCUUUAAGGGGGAGCCACAUAUUCCAGGCUGUGUCGCAGCAACUUUGUAUCAGUCAUGUCGCCCGCCUAGUGACUGACAAUCUCGAUUCUCCAAUGAGAAGCCAGCCUGCCCGGUGUAGCGUGGCCCUUUGCUUUUCUCCGGGCCAAUGGGAAAGGCUUUGAGAGGCGGGAGCUCAAUCUGAACUUUAUAUCUGGACAUGUGACCUGCUUUUAAAAGGAUCGGCCCUCUCGCUCCCCCCACCUUCCCCUCCCUCCCAUCUCCCCUCCCACCCGCUGGUUGCCCAGGCCCUGCCCCCUGCCUCUCUCUCCGCGCCCGGGGUGUCAUUGGGCUGGAGAGAUAGAGCCGACUUCAGGCUCUGCAGAGGAAACCCCGUCACCUGGGCGAGGAAGCUGGGCUGCUGCACGUCCUCUCCGUGCAGGGAGAGCGGCACUCGCCCGCCUGGAUGUGACAGCACUUAGGGGGCUGCGCGACAGCGGCGACCCGGCGGUGGGGAGGAGGUGGACGCGGCAACAGGUAGAAGAGACUGAGACCCCCGCGCAGGAGGGAGGCAGUUAUGGAAACCAAGGGAUACCACAAUUUUCCUGAAGGCCUAGAUAUGGAACGACGUUGGGGUCAAGUUUCUCAAUCUGCUGAGCAUUCCUCUUUGGGGUCUGGAGAAAAGGCUGAUGAGAAUAACUAUAUGGAGAUUAUAAAUGUAAGCUGUGUUUCCGGUGCUAUUCCAAACAACAGUACUCAAGGAAACAGCAAAGAAAAACAUGAACUACUCCCUUGCCUUCAGCAAGAUAAUAAUCAGUCCGGGAUUUUAACAUCUGAUAUCAAAACAGAAUUGGAAUCUAAGGAACUCUCAGCAACUGUAGCUGAAUCAAUGGGUUUAUACAUGGACUCCAUAAGAGAUGCUGAUUUUGCCUAUGAUCAGCAGAAUCAGCAAGGAAGAAGCCUAAGUCCUGCAAAAAUUUAUCAGAAUGUUGAACAGCUGGUAAAAUUUUACAAAGAAAAUGGCCAUCGUCCUUCUACUUUAAACAGUGUGAACAGGUCCUUGAGAUCAUUUAUAUCUGAUUCUGGAAAUUCUGUGAAUGGUAGUAUCAUGCGCUCUAUUGUUAAAAGCCCCAUAAUGUGUCAUGAGAAAAGUCCUUCUGUUUGUAGUCCUCUGAACAUGACUUCAGUUUGCAGUCCUGCUGGAAUCAACUCAGUGUCCUCAACUACGGCCAACUUUGGCAGUUUCGCAGUGCACAGCCCGAUUACCCAGGGAACUCCUUUGCCAUGUUCCCCAAAUGUUGAAAAUCGAAGCUCUGUGUCACACAGCCCUGCCCAUGCUAGCAAUGUAGGUUCUCCUCUGUCUAGUCCAAUAAGUAGCAUGAAAUCCCCAAUUUCAAGCCCUCCUAGUCACUGUAGUGUAAAAUCUCCUGUCUCUAGUCCUAAUAAUGUCACUAUGCGCUCCUCUGUGUCCAGUCCUGCAAAUAUCAACAACUCAAGGUGCUCAAUUUCCAGCCCUUCCAAUACAAAUAACAGGUCUACUCUUUCUAGUCCAGCUGCUAGCACUGUGGGAUCGUCUAUCUGCAGCCCAGGAAAUAAUGCCUUCAGUUUUUCUGCUUCUGCCACAUCGGUUGGAUCCAGUACAACCCAGGAUGUGGUUCCUAGUCCAGAAACGAAUGAGAGAGGUGCUCAAGAAGUGACAUUUCCUAAAACAGAGGAAAUAGAAAAUUCCAUCUCUAAUAAUGGUGUGGCUAGUCAGCUUAAUAUCGUACAGUAUAUAAAAUCUGAACCAGAUGGAGCUUUCAGUAGCUCAUGUCUUGGAGCAAAUAGCAAAGUCAAUUCUGAUUCCCAAUUCUCAGUACCAGUAAAGCAAGAGUCAGCCAAGCAUUCAUGCUCUGGUACUUCUUUUAAAGGGAAUCAAACAGUAAAUCCAUUUCCAUUUAUGGAUGGUUCAUAUUUUUCCUUCAUGGAUGAUAAAGACUAUUAUUCUCUAUCUGGAAUUUUAGGACCACCUGUUUCAUCAUUUGAUGGCAGUUGUGAAGGCAGUGGAUUUCCAAAUCCAGGCCUGCCAAUGGGAAUUAAACAAGAGCUUGAUGAUGGUAGCUAUUACCAAGAAAAUAGUCUGCCUUCAUCUGCCAUUGUUGGUGUAAAUUCAGGUGGACAGUCUUUUCACUACAGAAUUGGAGCUCAAGGCACAAUAUCUUUAUCAAGACCUAUUGGAAGAGACCAGUCUUUUUCACAUUUGAGCUCAUUUCCUCCAGUCAAUACAUUGGUUGAGUCAUGGAAAUCACAUGGUGACUUGUCAUCCAGAAGAAAUGAUGGGUAUCCAGUUCUAGAAUACAUUCCAGAAAAUGUGUCAAGUUCUUCUUUACGAAGUGUUUCAACUACAUCAUCAAGACCUUCUAAAAUAUGUUUGGUAUGUGGGGACGAGGCUUCGGGAUGUCAUUAUGGGGUGGUGACCUGUGGCAGCUGCAAAGUAUUCUUCAAAAGAGCAGUGGAAGGUAAAUGUUCCUGGCAACACAAUUACUUAUGUGCUGGAAGAAAUGAUUGUAUCAUUGACAAAAUUCGAAGGAAGAAUUGUCCUGCCUGCAGACUUCAGAAAUGUCUACAAGCUGGAAUGAAUUUAGGUGCUCGAAAGUCAAAGAAAUUGGGAAAGUUGAAAGGGAUACAUGAAGAGCAGCAGCCUCAGCAACAAGCUCCACCACCUCCACCUCCACCCCAGAGCCCAGAGGAAGGAACAACUUAUAUUGCACCAGUAAAAGAACCUUCUGUUAACACAGCACUUGUUCCUCAGCUCUCCACUAUAUCACGAGCACUGACACCUUCACCUUCUAUGAUCCUUGAAAGCAUUGAACCAGAAGUUGUAUAUGCAGGUUAUGAUAGCUCCAUACCAGAUACGGCAGAGAACUUGCUCUCUACCUUAAACCGCCUGGCUGGCAAGCAGAUGAUUCAAGUAGUAAAGUGGGCAAAGGUACUGCCAGGAUUUAAAAACUUGCCUCUUGAGGACCAAAUUACCCUAAUCCAGUAUUCUUGGAUGUGUCUAUCAUCAUUUGCCUUGAGCUGGAGAUCUUACAAACAUACAAACAGCCAAUUUCUCUAUUUUGCUCCAGAUCUAGUCUUUAAUGAAGAGAAGAUGCGACAGUCUGCCAUGUAUGAGUUGUGCCAGGGGAUGCACCAAAUCAGCCUUCAGUUUGUUCGUCUUCAGCUUACAUUUGAAGAGUACACCAUAAUGAAAGUGUUGCUUCUCCUAAGCACAAUUCCCAAGGAUGGCCUCAAAAGCCAAGUUGCAUUUGAAGAAAUGAGGACAAAUUACAUCAAAGAGUUGCGGAAAAUGGUAACAAAAUGUCCAAGUAACUCUGGACAAAGCUGGCAAAGAUUCUAUCAGCUGACUAAGCUACUGGACUCCAUGCAUGAUCUGGUGAGUGACUUGUUGGAAUUCUGCUUCUAUACCUUCCGAGAGUCCCAGGCCCUGAAAGUGGAGUUCCCAGCGAUGCUGGUGGAGAUCAUCAGUGACCAGCUACCAAAGGUGGAAUCCGGGAAUGCCAAGCCCCUGUACUUCCACAGGAAGUGAUGGAAAAUGUCUUAAUGGAAGAACUUUGCCUUAAGUUUCCCCGUGUUAUUCCACACCCAUGAAGGACCCAAGAAAUCACAUUUUUAACAUGAGAUGAUUCACAGUUCAGCAGUUUUUCAAGUUUAAAAUCACAUCAAGGGUUUGGGGACUGGAAAGCAGUUCGACAUGGAUUUGGCAAGAACUGGAUGAUUUAAGAGCUCUUCUCCUUACCCUCAGUGCUUAGAAAUUGAUCCCGUUCCUCUGGAUGAAAAGCCAUAUCUAGUCAAUAACUCUUUGAUUUUGAUAUUUUAACAGAUGGAAGUUUUCAAUAUGCCAUGUAGUUUCUGGUAUUGUUUGCUUGUUGUAAAAGGGUUCAAGGACUAAUGAACUUUUUAAAGCUUACCCUUGGUUUGCACAUAAAACGUACAGUCAAAUAUGGGGCAUUAAUAUUCUUUUCUUAUUUAAAAAAAAAACAAAAAAGAGAAAAAAUAUAUACAGACUCCUCUUGUGUAAUAAUGGAACAUUUGGUGUGGAAUAAUCACCUCCCCGCCUGGGGCAUUUGUUCUCCCAUGUUAUCCUCCAUCACCAGUGGACACACCCUUGGGUGUCCAUUUAUUAUUUAAUUAAAUGGAUAAGAUGUUAAAACAAAUGCUUCAGUUUCAAUUUAUAUUAUCUAUUGUGCUGGCUUUACAAAUAAUUUUUCGCAGUCUUUUGCUGUACUGUACAUUACUGUAUGUAUAAAUUGUGAAGGACCUGAAAUAAGGUGUAAGGAACUUUUGUAAAUGAGACACAUACAAAAAAAAAUCUUUAAUGGUUAAUAGGAUGAAUGGGAAAGUAUUUUUGAAAGAAUUCUAUUUUGCUGGAGACUAUUUAAGUACUAUCUUUGUCUAAACAAACAAGGUAAUUUUUUUUUUUUUUUUUUUUUUGUAAAGUGAAAUGUUCUGCAUGCCUAAUGAAGCGUUUACAGUGUAUUUAAGAAAGGGAAAGCUGUGCCUUUUUUUAGCAUCAUAGAAGAUUUACCAUUUUACAGUGUCUGUUGUAAAUAACCACACAAAGUUUUUCAGUUGUCUUUAAGCCUUUCUAUUCUUCUGUAUUCCGUUUCCCCUUUUGUCUGCCACUUACAAGUACCUGUGAGCUGAGUACACUUAAGGACUCCGGCUUCCACCUUCCCCAAGGAGCGUUGUUGAGUUGUGUUUACAGCAUCAUGAAGGUUUCAUUUAACAAGACACAACAAACAGGUGGUUCAGGAGCCUUGACAGCUUUAGGGCUGCAGGGAGACUCUGCCUCUUCUCUUGUCCACAAACACAAGUAAGUCAUAUGCUAUUGGGACUAAGGGGGAGGAGGAGGGGGAAUGGUUUAAAGGUUGCUUUCCACCUGUUUUAUGCUUCUUUCUUUGGGAGAAAAUGCGAGCAACCUCUUACCGGUUUCUAUUCCUGAUGUAGGGGAAGGUCAAGGGAACAUAGAUUCUGGGAGGGCAGAUCUCUCCAAUUGAAAUGGGCAGAUUAUUGGUGGGGUUGACAUCUUCAAAAUAAGCUUUUUAUAAUGAAAACCGCAGCUCCUACCAACAAAUGAGAACACCGAAAGUUCAACUCAAUUCAUCUGGUUCAGGCUCAGGUCUCUGGGAAGCCUGGAAGCAUAAAUGAGCAUGUUUGGGGGCAGAGCUAACAGUCUGAUUUCACAAGAUAAACUGCUGAGAGUAGAGGCCCAAGGAACCUUUCUGAGAGUAAUGAUUAACAUAAGUACUCAAUUACUCAUGGAAAUCACAUCCAUUUCCCCAAACUCUCCAUCCCCGAGAAUGCAGCAUUCCCUCCUCGCCGCCCUGUCCACCUAAUGGGAGCCCAUUCACCCACGGCCACAUGACCCUGGUCUUUCUCAAUGACACCGGCCUUAUGUUAUGGUAAACGUAGGAAAGCUGUACUCAAGAGGGAAAGGGGUCUGGUCUUCUUACAUACUUUGCAACUUCAGGAAUUUAAUUUAAUCAACAGAUCUUUAACUACAAACUGACUUGCACAGCAAUACGAAAGCUACGGUGGAAGGUGAUAAAUACACAGCAUGCAGACUGGGGGUUUCUGGAACAGAAAUGGAGACAAUUGCCGCUUUUUAGUUCAGACUUAAUUUUUACAGAAUUGGAAUUUCAACUUAACGAGGUUUGGGAUGAAUACGGUCUGCAUCAGCUUUUUGUAUUAACAAAGUUACUGGCUUUUUCUGUCUCCAGGUAACUUUGCUUGAUUAAACAGCAAAGCCAUAUUCUAAACUCACUGUUGAAUGCUUGUCCCAGUCCAAAUUGUCUGUUUGCUCUUAUUUUUGUACCAUAUUGCUCUUAAAAAUCUUGGUUUGGUACAAUUCAUAAUUCACUGAAACUUCUUCAUAGAAUUAAAAAAAACACACUAAAUUAGUUUGAAAAAAGCAAUUUAUAUCUUUAUGCAAAAACGUAUGUCUGUCUUUGCAAACGACUGUAAGCAGAUUACAAUAAAUCCUUUACUUUAAUCA